CUGUAACACUUGACUUGGUUCCAAACUCAUUCCACAACCCAUUGAAUUGUUGAGGCAACUAUAGUAGAUAUGGAGUUCUUCUUCCUCUCUCUCCUCUGCCUCUUUCUUCUCUUUGUCUUACUCUUCUACAAAUCCAACUUCAAAAACCUCACCCUCCCGCCGGGCUCCACUGGGUGGCCGUUGAUCGGCGAGACCCUCGAGUUCCUGGCCACCGGCUGGAGAGGUCACCCGGAAAAAUUCGUAUUCGACCGCAUAUCCAAGUACUCAUCCUACGCCUUCAAGACAAAUCUUCUAGGCUCCCCAACAGUCGUGUUCGCCGGUGCAGCCGGUAACAAGUUCUUAUUCUCCAACGAGAACAGGCUCGUCCAAGCAUGGUGGCCUAGCUCCGUCGACAAAAUCUUCCCAUCCUCAACCCAAACCUCUUCUAAACAAGAAGCAAUCAUUCUCAGAAAAAUGCUCCCAAACUUCCUCAAACCCGAAGCUUUACAACAAUAUAUUGGUGUCAUGGAUACCAUUUCACAGCGACACUUCGAUUCCGAUUGGGUUGGCAGCGAAGUGGUGGUUUUCCCUCUCACCAAGCGAUACACAUUUUGGUUGGCUUGUCGCUUGUUUAUCAACAUCGAUGAUCCGAACCACGUCGCUAAAUUCGCCGAUCCUUUUGGGAUUUUGGCUGCUGGAAUUUUUUCCAUCCCUAUUGAUUUGCCUGGAACACCGUUCCGGAGAGCUAUCAAGGCCUCGGAGUUUAUUAGGAAGGAGCUUUUGGCGAUUAUUAAGCAGAGAAAGGUUGAUUUGGGAGAUGGAAAGGCUUCGCUGACACAAGAUAUAUUGUCACAUAUGCUUGUGACGAGUGAUGAAAAUGGAAAUUUCAUGAAAGAGGCUGAGAUUGCUGAUAAAAUCUUGAGUUUGUUGAUUGGUGGCCAUGACACUGCUAGCUCCGUCUGCGCUUCCAUUGUCAUGUUUCUUGCGGAGCUUCCUCAUGUUUAUCAACGAGUGUACGAGGAGCAAAUGGAAAUUGCGAAAUCAAAAGCUCCAGGGGAAUUGUUGAACUGGGAUGAUAUUAAGAAGAUGAAGUAUUCAUGGAAUGUAGCGUGUGAAGUGAUGAGACUUGCACCACCCCUCCAAGGAGCUUUUAGAGAAGCAAUGACAGAUUUCAUGUACAAUGGUUUCUCAAUUCCAAAAGGCUGUAAGUUAUAUUGGAGUGCGAACUCGACACAUAAAAAUUCAGAAUUCUUCUUCGAGCCACACAAGUUUGACCCAUCAAGGUUUGAGGGAUCUGGACCCGUACCUUACACAUACGUGCCUUUUGGAGGAGGACCAAGAAUGUGCCCAGGAAAAGAGUAUGCUAGAUUGGAAAUAUUAGUGUUCAUGCAUAAUCUGGUAAAGAGGUUCAAGUGGGAGAAAGUAAUUCCUAAUGAGAAGAUUGUUUUCGAUCCCAUGCCUAAUGCUAAAAAAGGCCUUCCGAUUUGCCUUUUCCCUCACAAAGCUUAGAUUUGCUCUAGAUUGUUAACUUCUCACUCGCUCAAUUAUAUAUUCAUUAUAUGUAUUUUAUCCUAAAGUAUCUGUUUAUAUGUAUUUUAUCCUGAAGUAUCUGUCUAUGUCACUAUGGUUAGGAGGUAUAACCAAUAAUAAAUUCCAAUGUAUUGAUGCAAAAGUUGUGGCUAUGAAGUAAUUCGAUUUGUGUUUUUCAUACAAGGAAUAAUUUGGGUAAGCAGACCCAAGGUUCAACAA